UAACUACAGUGGUUUUAAAAUUUUAAUUUAAAAGUAAAUAAUUUUUCGGAUAAAUUACUCCUUAUUAGAAAUAUGUAUAUAGAAAUAUAAAUUAGACAGUUUACGUGUCACUAAUAGGUGACAAUUGAUGACUGUAACAACAAUAAUUUCAAUCAUGUAGCAAUAUCAAAAGAUCUUUUAUCUUUCUUCCGUAAACAAUAGCCCAACAUUUGAUAAAUAUGUUGAGUAAGGUAAAAAUAAAGUAAUUAUGCGCACACGACAUGCAAUAGUCACAUAAAUGCCAGCGAACGAUAAGUUAGAACUUAGCGCCACACAUUCAGACAUCACCGUUCUGCAAGAAAAGGGUUUCAUUCUAGAGAAAAUUAUUGGAGAAGGCUCGUAUGCUAAAGUGUUUAAAGCAACACACAUGGUUGAUGAAACCCGACAUACUGUAAUGGCCUGUAAAGUUAUCGACACAGCGCAGGCCCCACGCGACUAUUUAACGAAAUUCUUGCCACGAGAACUUGAUGUGCUAAUUCGAGUCAAUCACCCACACAUUGUUCAUGUGUCCAAUAUAUUCCAGCGUCGCGCUAAGUACUUUAUUUUCCUUCGAUUUGCCGAGAACGGAGAUCUAUUGGAUUUUUUAACACAGAACGGUGCCGUCCCUGAGAACCAAAGCAGGCUCUGGAUGCGUCAAAUUCUAUCAGGGCUACAUUACAUACACACCUUGAAUAUCGCACAUAGGGAUUUAAAGUGUGAAAACAUUUUAAUUACAGCUAAUUAUAAUGUAAAAAUAACAGAUUUUGGUUUCGCCCGUAACGUGAGACAACGGGACCGAGACGUGCUCAGUGAAACGUAUUGCGGUUCGUUGUCGUAUGCCGCUCCUGAAGUGUUAAAGGGAGUGCCUUAUCUACCCAAACUGGCGGAUAUGUGGUCAACUGGGAUCAUUAUGUACACGAUGCUUAAUAAAGCGCUACCAUUUAAUGAAACUUCAGUCAAAAAAUUAUAUGAAAAACAGGUGAUGCGGAAAUGGCGAUUCCGUACAGGUAUUGUGAACCAAUUGUCAUCGGAAUGCAAACAACAAGUGACGCAGCUAAUGGAACCCGAGGCGAAGGCGAGACCUACCGCUGGCAGUAUGUUUAACGGGCCUUGGAUCAAUAUGGACCCUAGGCUUACGAAAUUCACAUUCUUGGAAGAAUCCUUACUGAAGCAGGCUCAAGAAGAGACGCAGAGAAAAGAACAAGAGCACUUUGAAGAGGAGAGUGAGGUGGAAAGACUUGCAGAACUGCGUCGCAAAGGAAGAGGGAAAGAGGGCUUAAAAAUAUUAAAAAACGCCGACUCAAACUUCGCAAAAUCACAUCAUUUGUUCGAGGAGAGAGAAUAAAAGACGAAAAUGUUUCAAUCAGUGUUUAUUAAUUUUUAC